ACGAAAUAUAGAAAGAAUCGUCAUCGGUGUGCGCCAGCGCGGAUCAUGGCGAGCAGUAAAAAGAGUGCGCUUCUUUCCUCUCUAGCGGCUUAUGGAGAUGAUUCAGAGCCAGAUUCGGACCCAGAUUCCGACGAGCAAGAAUCUGAAUCUCACGGCGGAUUGGUGUCGGCCAGUUACGGGGUGGAUGACGUGAUUCGCCUGGAGGAAGCAGAUGAAAAGGGCUCAGAGAAUGAGGACAGUGAUGACAGCACCAGAAAUUCGGAAGAUGAGGAGUCAGACUCAGGGCGAGCCCAAGAUGAUGUGAAGGAUGUGCAGGAAGGGGAGACCAAAGACCCCCAAGAGCUUGUUGCACAGUUUUCCGAGAGGGUUCGGAACAUGUCGCCUGAUGAGAUCCGAAUUCCUCCUGAACCACCUGGGCGUUGUUCCAGUCAUCUGCAGGAAAAGAUAUAUAAACUUUACGAACGGAAGCAACAUGGAGACUUCGACACAAACAGCCACAUACAGAAGAAGAAAGAGUUCCGCAACCCAAGUAUUUAUGAGAAGCUAAUCCAGUUCUGUGGCAUCGACGAACUUGGAACCAAUUAUCCAAAAGACAUGUUUGACCCCCAUGGCUGGUCGGAGGAUUCCUAUUAUGAGGCACUAGCCAAAGCUCAGAAAGUGGAAAUGGACAAAUUGGAAAAAGCCAAAAAGGAGAGGACCAAGAUUGAGUUUGUGACGGGCACCAAAAAGGGCACCACUACUAAUGCAGCGGCCAUGACCACAAAUACCACAACUGCCUCAUCUACAGUUAUAUCUUUCAAGUGACACAGCUUCAUUUCAACAAAGUCAAGCAGCUGUGAAGGGGGAGAGCAUGAUAAAACUCUUGUUGGUAUUUGCUUAUUUAUUCAGACAUGUCAGUUAUCUGUUCACAUGUUGAUUUUAUUUAUCACAUAAUCAAGUCUGAUACAAUUAACCUGGAAAUGCACAUAGGACAAUGUUAAUAAUGUCAUAAUAAUGUAAUAAUUGUAACACAUUGAAAUAAAUAAUAAGCACUUUAAUGUCAAUAUACAGUCCUAUAUAUUUAAUGUGUAUAUAAUAAUGUUAUACAAGUAACAAUAAACAACAUAUAAGAUUGUGAAGGACAGACUUUAUUUACACCAUGAGACUAAAAUGUGAACAUAUUAGUCAUAUACACUAAUAUGCCUUGGUUGCUUUCUAUGUAUUCUUCAUGAGUUAAAAGCAGCUCUUACAUUCAUGCGGACGGGACCAUCACAGAUGUUUUGUAAUAAUGUGACCAAAUCAGACCAGAAAACAAAACAUUUAUAACUAUUGAUUGGGAGAUGUUUACAACGAUGUACUCGCCUGUCACACAUCUGACUUUCGGGGAUGAAUCAUGGAUAAAAUAUAUUUAAAUGUCUGCGAAAGUCAAAUUUGGCAAUAUUUGUGCUGAGCUGAGACCUGUAUACAGUUUUCCUGGGACUUCGUAUGGAUCAAAAGCAAUUUUUUCACGGGCGUUUUUUCAAUCACCGCCAUUGUUUCCUCAUGCUGAUGGUCACAAAUAUGGCGGCUGCAAGGAAAAAGUGAUGUCACUGAAACCGGUCAAUAUCUACUGCUAACCAACAGUUACAGUUACUGCUUGUUGAACACAUACAUUAAAGGGACAGUUCACCCAAAAAUGAAAAUUAUCUCAUGAUUUACUCCCCCUCCUGGCAUCCCAGAUGUGUAUGACUUUUUCGUCUGCAGAACACAAAUUAAGAUUUUUUAAAGAAUAUUUCAGCUCUCAAGAUUGGAAGUCCUCACAAUGCAAGUGAAUGGGUGCCAAAAUUUAGAAGCUCCAAAAAACACAAAGGGAGUAUAAAAUCCAUACUACUCCAGUGGUUAAAUCCAUGUCUUCAGAAGCGAUAUGAUAGGUGUGUGUGAGAAACAGAUAAAUAUUCAAGUCAUUUUUUUAUCAAAAAUUCUCCUCCCUGCCCAAUAGGGGGCAAUAUGCAGGAGGAGGAAAAUGUCAAAGUGAAAGUGAAGUGGAGAUUGACUGGGCAGGGAGGA